GUGAAGUCACUCUCUGUGUAUCAUCCGCAGCUGGCUUACUGCGUGGUGCAGUUUCUGGAAAAAGACCCGACUCUUACGGAACCAGUGAUUCUAUCACUGCUCAAAUUCUGGCCCAAAGUUCAUAGCCCAAAGGAGGUGAUGUUUUUAAACGAGUUCGAAGAGAUCCUGGACGUUAUCGAACCGGCUGAAUUCCAGAAAGUCAUGGUACCUCUAUUUCGGCAGCUGGCGAGAUGUGUUUCUUCUCCUCAUUUCCAGGUUGCGGAAAGAGCACUUUACUACUGGAAUAAUGAAUAUAUUAUGUCGUUGAUCAGCGACAAUGCUGCAGUUAUCUUACCGAUUAUGUUCCCUGCUCUUUACCGAAAUUCCAAAAAUCACUGGAAUAAGACAAUUCAUGGAUUGAUUUAUAAUGCACUAAAAUUAUUUAUGGAAAUAAAUCAGAGACUUUUCGAUGAGUGCUCGCAGAAUUUUAAUCGUGAACGUGAUGAAGAAAGUGCGAAACAGAAUGGAAAACUCACCAAAUGGGCGCUUAUUGAGAGCAAAGCUCGUGAAAAUCCCCAGGUUUAA